CCCAAGUGAAGUGCCGGCGUUGCAUUAAAAACAAACCAUUUGAAAUUACGCCUGUAGUUUUUAAUAUAAAUAUUACUUGUAAUUUUAGAUUUAUUUACUUAUUUAGUAAUGCCGGCCCCAUCUAUUAAUUCUAUAUUAUAUAAAAAAGAGAAUGCCCAUGAGGACCCUAUAUAUUGUUGUGUUUGGACAAACACUUGUACAACAAAUGACCCAAAGGGGCCGUCAAAGGAAUUUAUACUCACUGGAGGACUAGAUGGGCUGGUAAAAGUAUGGUUAUUUGAAAACAACAAAUUGGAACUAAUCCACUCAUUAGUUGGGCAUACGAUGGCGGUUGUCUCAGUUGUUGUUAGCCCUGAUGGACACAGUAUAGCAAGCACUUCCUUAGACUCAACAUUAAUAAUAUGGGACCUAUUGUCUGGGCAAAAAGUCCACCAAGUGGAUACAGGUAUAACAGAUAUCUGGCAGGUAACGUUUUCUCCAGAUGGGAGUGAGGUUGCCACUGGCACCCAUAGUGGUAAAGUGGCAAUCUAUGAUAUUAGAAAUGGAAGCAUUAGCAAAACAUUUGACACCAGAGGAAAAUUUGUAUUAUGCGUUGCUUGGAGUCCAGAUGGACGGUACAUUGCCACUGGGGCUGUAGAUGGUGUGGUGUGCUUAUUUGAUGUGGCUCAAUGCAAACUGCUGCACACUAUUGAGGCACACAGCCAGACAGUUAGAAGUAUUGACUUUUCUCCCAACUCUAAGUUGCUUCUUACUGCAUCAGAUGAUGGAAAGGUCAAACUUUAUGAUGUUGCUAGUGCCAAUGUCCAAUGUACGAUGGAGCACAAGUCGUGGGCUGUGCGGGCCGUGUUUUCGCCUGACGGCAGCCGGGUGGCGACUUCCUCUAGCGAUGGAAGCGUCCGUGUCGCUUCCCUAGAUGGUCUGACGGUAGCCAACACGUUUCGGGAACACACGGAUACUGUAUGGGGAUUGCAGUUUAAUCCAAAGGGUCAAAGACUACUAUCAGUUGCCAAAGACAAAUGCGUUGUUAUUUACGAGUGCCCCAUACCGCCCAAGAAUGUUAAAAAGUGAUAAAUAAA